AUGGGCGUGUGGCCAGCUUGCAGGCUUAUUCAUGUAUACAGGAGCACAUUUGCAAAUUUCUGUAGAUUUGGGGGCAGGAAUGAGGUCACGUCUCGCUACGUGCCCUUUGACACAUCUCUAGGGACCGCUGUGACAUGUUCACGACUUUUAACGAGGAAUUUGUCAACUGGAACGGCCAGUUCCGCGGGGAAAGCCAGGACUGCGGUGCCAAAGAAGAACUUGAUGCUGACAAAGCAGGAGAUUAAAAACUUCCAGGGGCAUUUCCAGAGAUACAAGAAGAACGCAGGACUCCCAGAGUUCCACAACGUUGAUAGAGACAGGCACGGAUUCAUUAUCGAGCCUACAGACAAGUUCAUGUUGGUGCUUACAACAUCCAAGAAUAAUGUGCACGCACAACUCGUAAAUCGCAGCAAAAACUAUAAGACAGUCUUUGGAUCAUUCGCGGGGAAUGUAGGAAUAAACAAACAUGCGCAAAAGACGGAGAAAUGCGCCUACAGAAUCGGUGAAAACAUCGCGAGGAAGUGCAAAAGACUUGGCGUAUACGCGGUAGACAUAAAGUUUAGACGUAUAGCAAGAGUGGAAACAGUAUUGCAAGCGUUGCAGGCAAUAGGUUUACAGGUAGGACAGCUAAUUCACGAACCAAGACUACCCAAAACUGGAAUAAACUCUGUUAGACCAAGAAGGCGUAGACGCGUUUAA